UUAGGCGCUUGGCCAUGAAUCGCUGCAUUAGGUUUUCGUAAUCCGCGAAACCCAGACAAACCACUAUGGAAGUUCGGAGGUUCCCUGAUAUCGGCUAGGCAUGUUUUGACCGCAGCACAUUGUGCACAUAUGGAUGGAAUAGAAAACAUACACAAUCAUAAUAUUGCCAUUCUUAGAUUGGUGGAGGAGGUGCCAUUUUCGAGGUACGUAUAUCCCAUUUGUACGAAAGAGCCCCUACGAAAGAGCAACUUCGUCGGCUAUAACCCCCUUGUUGCUGGAUCGGGAGCAUUAAGAUAUAGACGACCACGACGUAAUGCAUUAAUGGAAGUACAAAUGCCAGUGAUUAAGAACGCCGAAUGCAAAAUAGCUUAUUCCAAAUUUCCCAAUGCACCUGAUAUCACUGAUGGUAUAAUAUGCGCCGAACAUGCUCAGGGUGGAGAGGAUUCUUGUACGGCUGACCGCGGCGGACCACUGCUGAUACAACAUGAAUUAACCUCGCAUUUAAUAGGUAUUGUGUCUUAUGCUUAUAAGUGCGGCACAGCUGGGUAUCCCAGCGUUUACACUAGGGUCACAUCGUACCUUGACUUCAUUCUCCAAGCGAUGCAAUAAUAUGAUAUUACUGUUCCAUAAAUAUCAUUGUGUAAAAAACGUAAAGUUGGAUUUUCUUAUUGUGGAGAUAAGAAACAGCUCAAAUUUACAUUGUUUUGUACGUUACAAAUUAUAGGCUUAAAAUGUACGAAAUGUAACUUUGAAACGACACUAAUUUUUUACGCACGAUAAACCUCCACGACUUAGGUAUGUAAAGAUGAUAAACGUAUAUUAAUUCUAUAAAUUUGGUAAUAAUAAACCAACUUUCUGAGAAGUUCUGUAAAUUUCGUUUCUGUUGUAUCAAGAGAAUAAUGGAAUAUUCCACUUAGAUCGUAUACUUCUUGUACGUACGUACAACAUUUUCCGGCUAAUCUAAAACACUUCAUAAGAUAGAGAGCUUCUGGAAAUUCGGACACAGAGAGUGCAUAAAAUACAAGAUAAGUCUCGUGUCUUUCAAAAUUAUUUUUUAUUCGCUAAAAACGUCCUGUGUACUCAUGCAAUCACAUGCAACCUCGAAACUUCACUUAUUUUUUAUCACUUUCCAAUUCAAUACACUGUUUCAGCAUUUUUGACUAUAUGUAAGAGAAAUUUCCAUUCAGCCAAAGGUGUACUUACAGAUUAUAGAUUCCUAUACGACUCUCAGUAAAAAUUUAUCCGCACUCCAGAUAGUUAAAACUUCUGUCGACCGUAUUGAUCCAUCUGCACUCUUCGUAUGACGUCAAUAUUUGUUCAGUGCUGCUGCGCAGGUUUCUUUGUGUUACGUCAAUUCGUUUGUGACCGUUGCGCGAGUAAUGGCGCUUUGCAAUGGUGAUUUGCAGGAAAACAGUGCAGGAUGCUGUGAUUCGUUUCUUGUGGUCGGAGGUUAUGUUUGAUGCCUAUAUUUAUCAAAGAUUUAAUGCACAUUAUGGAGAAAGUGUUUUGUCACGAAGUGUGUUUGAAUGGGCACAAAAGUUCAAAGAAGAUCGCACGAGUGUUAUGAAAAAACAGCUGGACGCCCGUCCACAUCCACGAUGACAACAUUGAACGUGCUCAUGAACUUAUGCUCUAUGGAAUAGACGAGUGACAGUGGAUAAUGUGGCAAAUCAUUUGCAAAUCAGCCACGGCUCUGCUUAUGCAAUAGUACACGACAGAUUUGGAUUUUAAAAAGUUUGUGCGAGAUGGAUGCCGAAAAAGCUGAUGAAAAGGUGAAGACGACGAUGCAUUCGUGGUUCGCAGCUCAGCCCAAAACAUUUUUUAAUGAGAAAAUAUAAAGGUCCUUCGGCAAAUGGACAAAGUGUAUACAGAAAUCGAGUGAUUAUGUCAAAAAAUGAUGUAUGUCUUUUUUGACAAUUGCUUAAAAUAAAUUCUACACCGACAGAGCGGGCUGUUAAUCUAGAGGCUGGAGUACAAAGAAGUGGCACAAUGAUGUGGGCUGAUGACAUUUAUAAUUAUCAAGGAAUCACCCCUACAUUCGCUCAGAAUUUUAAUGAAACUGUCCCUUGGGAAGGAAGAACUGAUACCUUGAUAUCACGGUUUGUACAUCCUAUAUAUACGACAAAUUUUAGAACAUUAUAUAACGAAGAACCAGAUCGUCGUGGCCAUGUGAUGUGAAUAAAAGGACUUGAAUUUGAUGAUAUUUUUAUAAUGUUAGAUAACAUAACUAAGUAUCUUCACAGUAAGAUAGGAUGACAUGGUUUACAU